AGGGGUGCUAUGAGGUGGCGGCUAUCCCUACUGCAGCUGGCUGCAUCAGAUGUGCCAGGCCUGCCAUCUAGCUCCCAACACCAUCUGCCUGACUUAAGCUUUGCCAUGUUGUUGUCACUGCUGGGUGCCUGUGCCGUGGUGGGGCCAUUCCAUGGCCCUGUGUGGGAGCCAGUGCAGGGCCUGCUCUCCCAGAAUCACAGCUGCAGGGACCCUCAGUGCUGUGGUAACCUGCUUGUCCUCUGCCUCUUUCUGGUCUGGCAGGUCCGGCACUAUUGGCACCAGGUCACCAGGACCCACUUCAGCACAAGGAAUGUCAUCAAGGUGCCACUGCAGAAGCGGGCAGUGCCCUCCAUGAGGUGCGAAACUGUCUUCAAGCUGACUCCUGAAUUCUUCAGUCCUGGAAAGUCCAGGGGCCUAGAUUCUCAACAAUGCGCACAAAGGCAGAGAUGGGGAUACCGGAGGAGCCUCCAGGAAUCAUGGGCCCAGAACCUGCUCUCUCCACAGCACCCAUGUCCAGGCCCACCUUCAGGACAGUUCCUGGAAAACAUGGCAGGUGCCUUGGUGUCUCCAUGAUGGUCAGACUCGCCCCGCCUUGGACAUGUGUCAAGAGGUGGAGCAGCUGCUGCUUCACUCACAGGAAAGGUUGGUGUCACUGGAGCCUGUCGUCAGUGUGAGGUCUCGCCCCACCUCCAUGACCUUAACCACGUCUCUUCCAAACUUACUUUCAGCUCAGAGGCUGCAGUUCUGCCCCAGAGAGCUCCUGCCUGAUCCUUCCCACCAAACACUGAGAAUGUGCACUUGGAAGUCUUGGCACUGUCCACCAGAGGCCUGGGAACCAGGGGGUAAAAACCAGACAGCAGGCAGAGAGGAUAGUAGAGAGACCCAGGCUCCAAGGUGGAUGAACCAGACAGGGAGCAGACGGGAGGAUGCUUCAGAAAUCCAGGCAUCUGGGGAGCAGUUCCCUGUAGACUUUGGAAUGGAGGGUGAUGCAGAGACUAACAUGUUGGAGUGUGCAAACCAGAGACUAGUAAUAAGUGAAACUGAUGGCGAGAUCUUGACACUAGGGUGGGACACCCAGGACCGGAUGGGAGUUGAGAGUAGAACCAACAUUCAGGAACUAGGGAAUAGAAACCAGAGGGAGGCUGGAGGUAAGAAUCUCCCUGAAACCCAGGCACAUAUGGGAGAGAACCAAGAAGAGUUAAGAUGUAAAAUUGAUGCAGAGACUCAAACACCUGAGUGGGAGAACCAGGACAAGAAUGGAAGUGAGGUUGCUGUGGAGACCCAGACAUUUGAGAGGAAGGACAAGAAAGAGGCUGGAGGGGAGGACGGGGAAGAGAUCCAGGCUCAAGGACUGGGGAAGCAAGGCCAGACUGGAGAUGACAAUGGUGAGGAGACCCAGACACCACAGUGGGAGAAACAAGGUCAGAUGAAAGGUGAUGCGGAUAUGGAAAUUCAGACGGAAGAGGGGAGAAACAAGGACCAGGUUGGAGGUCAGGAUGCUGCACAAACCCAAUCAUGUGGGAGGGAGAACGUGGGAGAAGUAAAAAAAGAGAAUAGUGUAGAGCCCCAGGCCUUGGAUUGGGGAAAACAGGAAUGUGUUGGAAAUGGGAAUGUUACAGAGAUGCAGACACCAAGGUGGGAGAAACAUGAUCAAGAUGGAAGUAAGAAAGCUAAGAAGAUCCAAGCAUCUGGGGGAGAGAACCAGAAACAAUUAAGUCAUGAAAUUCAAGUGGGGUGGGGAAACAAGGGCCUGAGAAGAGGUGAAGAUGCUAAGGAAACCCAGAUAGCUACCAAGAAGAAGCUCAGGGAGAUAAGAGAGAAGGAUUGGGUGGUGAUCCAGGCACUAUGGUGGGGAAACCAGAGACAAGUAGCAAGUGAAAUUUAUAGAGAAUUUGAGAUACUAUGUUGGGAGAAUCAGAAAUGGAUUGGAGGUGAACAUAGAGCAGAAAUUCAGGCACCAGAGAAGAGAGACCAGAGAAAGGAUGGAUGUGAGGAUGGCACAAAUAUCCUGGCACCCGAGGCUGAGAUCCAGGAACAAUUAAAAGGUGAAACUGAUGUGGAGACUCAGAGCAAUGAGCCACUUAGAGAAGAGGAUGGUACAGACAUUCAGUCACUAGGGAGGAGAGAGGUUAAAGGUGAGGAUGAUAAAGAGACCCAGGAACUUAGGGGAAAAAAUCAGGGUCAGUUAGGAAAUGAAUUUAGUGGACAGAUUCACAUACC